UCGUUAACGUCAUAUUUUCGUACAUUUUCGAAUUUAUCCAUAUUUAUCAUAUAAGUUCCGUGCAUUUCCUUAAUUUGAAAUCAAAGUCGAAAAAUUUAACACUUAUUUACCUACAAAUCAGUUAAAUAAAUAAUUGCGUACAUAAAAACGAUACCAAGAACUUAUAAUUUUAAAUCUUUUAUUGAUACGGAGCUUGUUGAAGUGAAAUAAAAUAUGUCUUUAACUAUUGGUUUUAUUGGUGGCGGAAAUAUGUCCACAGCAAUUGCUAAAGGAAUUUUAAGAAACGAUUCUUAUUCUGCAUCUCAAAUUUGGGUAUCUGGUCCUCAUAUAGCUCACCUAAAACACUGGGAAGAAAUGGGUGCUAAUGUAACAGAUAAAAAUGGAGAAGUAUUAAGUAAAUGUGAUGUGGUAUUUCUUGGUAUUAAGCCUGGUGUAUUGAGUUUUGCCCUCAGUGAUUGUCUUAAAUCCUUUUCUGAUUAUCCUCGUAAGAAUUUCUUUUUUGUUUCAAUGUUGGCUGGUGUCACUAUUGAAAAUCUACAUAAGGCAUUCAAAGUGUUCAACUUUCCCACAAGUGUUAUAAGGAUUAUGCCCAAUACACCAAUGAGUGUGGGUGCAGGAAUUUGUCUAUAUACACCAGAUGAUAGAGUCAAACCGGAGCAAUGCACUCUUCUGGAGAAAGUUCUGAGUGGUUGUGGUAUUUGUGAGGAAGUCACUGAAACAUUGAUGAAUUCUGGCGGUACUCUGCCUGCCUGUGGGCCAGCUUUUAUGUAUAUUGUAAUAGAAGCAUUAGCGGAUGGAGCAGUAAAACAGGGUGUUCCUAGGGCAAUGGCCCUGCGUUGGGCUUCUCAAGUAUUAGUGGGCAGUGGAGAAAUGGUGUUACAGUCCAAAAAACACCCUGGUCUGUUGAAGGAUGAAGUUUGUUCACCAGGUGGCUCAACUAUCUGUGGUGUAACUGCUCUGGAGAAUGGAAGAUUAAGGGCAACCUUAAUUAAUGCCGUAGAAGCGGCAACAUUGAGAACAUAUGAGAUGGGGAAGAAAUAAAUCAGUAAAUAUAUGAACGGGUUACUACAAGAAUCACGAGUCAUCUUGGGUAUUAGUUAAUUAAGAGCACAGUUUGUUAUAAUAGUUUAUUUGCAUCCAAAAGCCAAAGGGUAUAAAGCUAAAGGUUAGUUUGUUCUGAAUAUGUAUUUGUAUACCAGUAUUUAGGAAUAGUUCAUACUAAUAUUGAUCUAGUAGAUUUUACUCUUAAAUAUUAUAAGAUGCAAACUUUAUGUUGGCUUGUUAUAAUUUGUAAGCACGGACAACUUUCCUAUUCACGCGUUUUUCCCUACACUCUGUGCAGUGUCCUGUGUGGAAUUAAUUUUGUAUGGUAAUGUAUGUCUUAUUCUUUCACAUAAGUUGUUUAGGUUUAAUCUUUUUAUGGACGGCUGUACUGGUAAAUAUACAUGACAUUACAUUAUUUAAAUGUGUUUAUUAUAUAGUUUUAGUCCAUGAUUUUGUGAUAGUUGAAAAAUUACUUAUUUACUGUUACCUAUUGCAUAUGUGAACAAUUAAGUGUAAUUUAUUUUUAAUUUAUUUAUUCUGAAUGUAUCAAAUUAUUUCUUUUCUGGAUGGUAGUAUCCUUUUGAAUGUAGAUUUAGUAUAAUAAUUUUUGAGUGAAACAACUCUUCGCUUAUAAUAUUAGUAGAUUUCUAGUAGUCCUAGCAUUGCAAUGGACCUUUUGUACCAGAUUUGUGACAGAAAAAAUUAUGUAGAUAGUUUUUUUUUCUCAGUAAUUGUUGCCCACCAAUGAUAAUUUAAUAGUUUCAGUAUUAUUUAUCAUU